UCGGCCCAAACACAGUCAGCCUGCUCCAUGCUUGUAAUGUAAACAGUAAAUGAGAUGCUUGUAGAAGUAACAGUAUGUAAUUGUGUCGAAGAAGCAAAGCAUUUUUGUACAGGCUAAGCCACUCCACCAAGUCAGAGAAGAAAUGAAACGAAAUGAAUUGAAUUGAGCAUCCACCAUUCAUUCAUUUAUGGACUCUUAAAGAUCCACCUCCAACAUUCCUUCUUCUAUCUGCCAUUCUUCUCUCUCUUCAAUUCCCACUAGUUAAAGGAACCUCAAGGCCUCGAUUGUUAAUUGUUGUGAAAUUCGGCUGUCAUGUAAUCAAUUAAGUCUUUAUAUUUAAUUGACUUGCUGUGAAAUUCAGUUAAUUGAUUAGAUGGGUAAGGAAAAUCUGUCGCAAACGAAGACUGGUGGAAUUAGCAAUGAAGUGGGCUCUCUUGAGUCUCAAGAUUCAGAGAGGUACUCACGUUAUAGUGUAGACAAGGAGGCAGGCUUGGCAACUUGCCGUGUGUGCCAAUGUGCUGAAUCUGACAAAAGAGGAGAUGCUGCAUUAGGCUUUUUGGGUAUUACUGUUCCUUUGCAAGAAUCACUUAAAAGUAAUGGAGAAAUACAGCCUGAUGUCAAACAAGUGCAAAAAGAUGGUGAAAGUGCCAAAAAUGUUGGGAGAGAAUCUGGUUUUGUUGAGUUCAUAAGCCCUGAUGGGGAAGUUUUCGUUUGUAAUGCCGAUUUAGAAAUGGGUACAUGUAACAGCCAAGACGCUCUAAUUGAACUUGGUUGUUGUUGCAAAAGUGAUCUUGCUUUGGUACACUAUGCGUGUGCCCUUAAAUGGUUUGUUAAUCAUGGAUCCACUGUUUGUGAAAUCUGUGGGCAUGUUGCAAAAAAUAUCAGGAUUGCUGACUUUAAAAAGGUUGUGGUUUCAUUAAAGGAUUAUGAAGCAUUAAGAGAAAGGACUGCCAGUGGAGAACCCAGUCCUGCUCAGGUGCAUACAAGUUCAGUUGUUGAUCCUGAUGCUGUUGCUGCUAUCAGAAGGCAACGGCUAAGUGAGAUUUCAUUGUGGUUUAGUCCACAUGGUCAUAAUAUUCAUCAUAAUAGUAACUCUAAUGCAGUUUCUCAGUUUGUUUCUGAACAACCUUUGAAUACUGUUACUGAAGAGGUGGUCACUGCUGAAAAUCCUGCAACAAAAUGGGCUGUGGAAGGUACUGGGAUCUUGCUUGCUACUGGCCUACUUACUGUCACUCUGGCAUGGCUCAUUGCUCCUCGUGUUGGAAAGAAAACUGCUAGAAGCGGUCUUCAUAUUCUCCUCGGAGGCAUUUGUGCUUUAACUGUUGUGGUCUUCUUUCGCUUUAUUGUGCUUACUAGAAUUAAAUAUGGACCUGCACGUUACUGGGCUAUCUUGUUUGUCUUCUGGUUUCUUGUGUUUGGUAUAUGGGCAUCACGAACACAUGGUGCGCAUACAACAUGAUUUCUUAGUAUAUUUUUAAUGCAUAUAAAAAGUCAAUAUUUUACUUUUUGGUUUUGUUAAAUGUUUAAUGUUAAGGAUUUAUGUUGAUGGCAUUUGUAAGUUAGGUGUCUAGAUCUUGUCACUAUUAGUGCUUUUACAUGUAACAAUGAGCUGUGGAUAGGCCAUCAUUGGUGUGCAAUGGCAUAAUUAUUCCUGAAGAUCUUGGCUAUAUAUUAUUUUCUAUCUGGCGAUUUUUGUU